GAGAGCAGGUGGACGCCGCACUGUGUCGCUACUGCUGCUCUCUGCCUGCCUCUCACGAAACACUAACCCAUUGGGGAGAGAGCUGAGAGCGCAGAUCCGAGGCAAGGCAACUCCAGCGCAGCAGUCAAGGAAUAUUCAGCGAACAUCAUAACUUAUUAUUUUUUGAAAGCACAGCGUUUAUCAGCUUUGCGGCUGCGGAUAGAAGACGCGGAACGGGUGGGAUCGUCACCGAGUUGUCACCUCGUCUGAAUAAAUAAGUUAGGCUAAUGAAAUGGCAUUAGGUUUUUCUGUGUACGCUUGACUAUCAGGAGAAUCGAAACGCCGCUCAGCUCGCGAGGGAGUGCAGGGAUCAUAUUUCCCUACUCUCUGUGAUCGCAUUACUUGCUCGCAGCCGAUACCCUGGAAUGGACUUAUCCAAUAGCUAAUGCCAAGACUGGAUCUAUUUUAAUAACAUUGUUUUUAAAGACACUGCGUUUUUUAAAAGUUCGCUUCUUCUAACCUUUUUAUAAUUGAAGGGUUGUCCCAAAACUCCGCGGCAAUGGGGGAGCAGCCAAUCUUCACCACCAGGGCCCAUGUGUUCCAGAUUGACCCGACCACCAAGAAGAACUGGGUCCCAGCCAGCAAACAGGCAGUCACUGUUUCCUACUUCUACGACUCCACACGCAACAGCUACCGCAUCAUCAGUGUAGAUGGAUCCAAGGUGAUCAUCAACAGCACCAUCACCCCAAACAUGACCUUCACCAAGACCUCCCAGAAGUUUGGCCAAUGGGCUGACAGCAGAGCCAACACAGUGUUCGGACUGGGGUUCGCCUCCGAGCAGCAGCUGGCCAAGUUUGCUGAGAAGUUCCAGGAAGUGAAGGAAGCAGCGAAGCUGGCCAGGGACAAGUCACAGGAGAAGAUGGAGACAUCGAGUAACAAUUCCCAGGAGUCGGGUCGUGAGACCCCCUCGUCCACCCAGGCCUCAAGCAUCAACGGGACGGACGAUGAGAAGAUCUCCCACGGAGGACCGGAGACCGCAGCGCUGAUGAGCGAGAAUGACAAACUCAAGACCACUGUGGAACAGAGAAUGUGGGUGGUACGGAUAGCAGAGGUGGAGUCUCAGUGUGAAAAGGCCAACGUGGAGAAGGAGAGGAACUCUAAGCUGACUGUACGAGUUCAGGAGCUGGAGACGGAGCUGCAGGACAAGAACAGGUGUUCCUUCCAGGAACUGGAGAACCUGAGGAAGCAAGCGGAGAUCAUCCCUCAACUCAUGGCAGAGUGUGAGAGCAUCACAGAGAAACUACAGGCUGCUGAGGUGAAGAACAAGGACCUGGAGGAUAGGAUGGAGGGUCUUCAGGUCGACAUCGAGGACAGCCAGUCCAGGCAGGGCAACAUGAAGGGAGAGCUGAAGAAGUUCAUGGACGUCCUGGAUGGGAAGAUUGAUGAGCUGCACGAGUUCAGGCAGGGCCUGUCCAAACUAGGGCUGGAUAACUGAGGGAGGAAGAGACAGAGGAGAGAGGGAUGGAGGGAGGGAUGACCGGUUAGAGAUGGGAGGUUUUAUAAAUACCUUCAGGACAGGACUCUGUGGUGCCACGCCCCCAAAGUGGAGACCACACUGAAUCAAUCAGGGGGGGGGGGGGGGGUUGAGAGAGGCCAGGGCAGACAGGGGAUCACCUGAUGGUUCCAUCAGUCAGUCAGUGUUCUGGAACUAGAACCUAGAGUCUUCUCUCUGGUUACUGCUCUGUCUCUGUGGGGGGAGACAGGUUCCAGUUCUAGAACAGGUGACAGGUUCUAUAGUUCUGUCUGUUGUUUCUACAGGCUGAACUAAGAGGGAAGAAAGGGUUUAAAAAGGGCUACAUGUAUUUAAACUACAGCUAAUGCAGUACUACAACAGAUACGUAAUGAUCCCACACUAUCCUACUGGUCUCUUUAUGACAUGAGGGAAAUAUAGAAGAUAUAUACUUGUCUUUAUAUUAUUGCUUCAUGUCGAUCUCAGGUGUGUUUAAAGACAGUUUGUUACUUGUUAGUUAAUAUGCGCAUACACGACAAAUACAUGACACGGCGGUGUCAUCAAGUGCCUCAGGAGAACCGGCCAAACUAGACGGAGGAUGACCAUGCAUCACCAUAGUAACGCACUAAUUAAAUAUUGCUAUGAAAAUUAAACAUGUUUAAACCAUUAUUUAAGGAAUCCUAGUAGUGUGACAACCACAACAGGACAACCACCACAACAACAACAGCCACCACAACAAUGACUACAACAGGACAACAACAACAGGACAACAACAACACGACGACGACAACAACAGGACAAUAACAACAUGAUAUCAACAAUAACAGGACGUCAACAACAGGACAAUAAACAUCAACAACAACACAACAAUAACAACAACAGGACAAUAACAUCAACAACACGACGACGACAACAACAACAGGACAAAAUGAGAAGAAGAGGAGAAUAAAGGAGGAAAAUCUUGUUUGAAAAAAGUAGUUCUGUUGAUGACGUCAUAAUGAUGAUGACGUCAUAAUGACGAGACCGUGAAAGGGAAUGAACAGAUGUUUGGUUCAAUAACAGAAGUUUCAAGGAUUUUAAAGGGUUUCGGUAAAACAUGAACGUUUUGAAUCAGCAGCACUGUAAUGUAAUGCGCAUAAGAAAUGAAGACGAGGCUCCUUUUUAGAGAUGUGAAUAGAUGAAACCAGGACUUUAUAGUCCGAGGAGGCAGAGAAACCCUAAACUAUGCUAGAUAACCCAUUUGUAACGAGUGCAAUGUUUAAUGAGGAUUUUGCAUGUGUGUAAUACUUCAUAUUUCUUUCUGUCAGUUUUCUAGAACAAAUGUAUGAAGUAUGUCUUUAAAAUCUGUUGUUCAUAUAGGAUAUGUGCUUCCUCCACUACUUUGGUCUGUUUGUUUUAUUGUCAGUUUUAUGGUCAGUGGGGAUAUUUUAGGGGGGACUUGGUUGUUGCUGCUGGCUGGGUGAACUAUAAACUAGGAACUAUGGGAAAGAAUACUUAAUGAAAACAACACAUGAUCUGGGCCUUUAAAUCAACCUUGUGAGAUCUCUUUAGUUUGACUUAUUUAUGAGAACAACACAGGAUCUGGGCCUUUAAAUCAACCCUGUGAGAUUGCUUUAGUUUGACUUAUUUAUGAGAACAACACAUGAUCUGGGCCUUUAAAUCAACCCUGUGAGAUCGCUUUAGUUUGACUUAUUUAUGAGAACAACACAUGAUCUGGGCCUUUAAAUCAACCCUGUGAGAUCUCUUUAGUUUGACUUAUUUAUGAGAACAACACAUGAUCUGGGCCUUUAAAUCAACCCUGUGAGAUCGCUUUAGUUUGACUUAUUUAGCUGAUUUUCUGUGUGUUUGUGCCUAUCACAGUUAGUCUCUCUCUCUCUCUAUGGAAGUGGCCCCAGUAUAUAUGACAACAUUACCUUAAUGUGUGGAUGUUUCUCUACAGAUUAUAUUAUAUGUACCCAUUUUUCUGGGCUCAACUUUUAUAUAAUAUAAUAUUUUGGGAGCGGGUAUGGUGUGAUGAUAUUAUAUAGUCCCCUCUGUUGAAAAACAAAACGCACCCAGAAGUCUACCUUUUACAGAACGCAGUCAUGAUGAAUUGUAUUUGAAUAUUGUACAACAGACACAUCUUGUUGUGGGACAUCGGUGAGUAACACCAUGAUACAAGUGGAUAGAUUUCUAUCACUUGUUUUGAGAAAUGUUUUCACAAGAUGGGAGUGUGUCUACGGACGGACUAUAUAACUUUCCCCUGUUCCUCAUGUAACCACGACAUCCUCUGUGUGUACAGACUUCCAAUAGGCUGAACCUGAACCAUAUAGCACCUUCUCCUUCCUGUCAAUCAAAAUGACUCCACUUCUGUGACUCCUGGUCAAUAUUGUACCAUAUAGAAUUGACAGUUGUUAAAAUAUAGUUUAAUUACAAAUA